GCGACUUGUCCAGGGUGAACCCUGCCUUUCGCCUGUAGUCAGCUGGGAUAGGCUCCAGGAUUAUUUACCCUGUAGAACAGGAUAAAGCGGCUACAGAUAAUGAGAUGAGAUGAGAAGAUGUAUCGCAAUGUUUGACCUCGGUAUUUGAAAAAUCCUGGUUACGGCCCUGCUCACAGGGCAUUCAUUCAUUCAUACUAGAGACCACCGCACAAUUAAUGAAAAAACGAUGCAAGGAGAACUUUAAUAAUCCACAACAAACGCGUCAUUAUUUUUGUUUAUGUUCCACUUUUUUUUUUUUGGUGCGGCUUUGGGUAUAACUGCGCAUGCGCGAAAUUCUCUCUCUCUCUCUCUCUCUCUCUCUCUCUCUCUCCCCCCCCCCCAAGGGGAAAAAUGCCGAGGUGGAGGAAAUCAGAGCGCGCGCGCGUGUGCCCGUGAGCAGCCCUCGCAGCUGAUUGGCCGAAGAUGACAUCACUCUGUAUUGUGCUAUUCUUAGCGCGUGGAAUAGGGAUUACGUCAUGUUUUUUCUGCCAGUGCCUCGCGCAGGUAUUAGAUCUCCGACUACAGCAGCGACUCAUCAGAGCAGCGCGAGCGGCUCCCCGGUAUUCCGCGCGCUGUCCGGAUUAACCGCCGCCCCUCCCCCACACACACCGCUCAGCUGGAGUUUACACCGGAUCGGUAAAAAGUCUCUGAGCGGAUUCACACCGGCAGCACCGAACUGCACCUCUUCGAUGAUGGUAUUCCAGUCAGAGCAAGUGCCGCUCUCCCGCAUCCUGCCACAGCUUUACCUGGGAGCAGAGAGUGACAUCACACAGGACUGUCUGUCUGCUCGAGGGAUUUCAUAUGUGCUGAGCGUGAGUCGUUGCUGCCCUCAGCCCUUGUUCCUGCCUCAGUCUCAGUACCUGCGCAUCCCCAUCGAUGACUCUCUGAGGGACGACCUGCUGCCGUGGAUCCCUCAGGCCCUGCGCUUCAUUGACAGUGCCAUGUCUCUCGGCUGCUCAGUCGUUGUCCACUGCGCUGCAGGAAUCUCCCGCUCUCCGGCUCUCGCUGUGGCUUACGUCAUGUACAGUCUGGAGAUGGAUCUGGAUCACGCCUACAGGUUUGUGAAAGAGCGCAGACCCACGAUUUCCCCAAACUUUAACUUCCUUGGUCAGCUCCAGCUGUUUCAGCGCACACUUCCUCUGAAGAGCAGUGGUGUUAAACCACACACCCAGCAGCCAGUCACAUUGCUUGACACGUGCACGCAGUCAGCCAGUAGCCACAACUCUGCAGGUACUUUAAGACAGGACAGUACCGAUGGCAUCAGAGGACACGGCACCGACACCAAAGCCGAGAACAUCCAGCGCUCCAGCAACGUGACCCAGCCCGAAUUUACUUUGUCUCUCUCGGACAAGCUCAGAACUCUGACUCUCAGUGCAGUGUGUGUGGAGCUGCAGGGAGGAGCCAGCACUCAGCCAGAAACGCACACUAACACACACACUCCCGCACUACAGAAACCCACGCACCUUCACAUCCCAUCCCUCUCGGAGAAGAGGAGAAGCCUCACUCUGUCUCUGACGCCGCUCGUCCCCGCUACAGCUACACACACUGACCAGCAGAGGGCGACAGCACACACUGACUCGAGUCAGAAUGAGCCCUGCCGUUUUCCCACUGCCCACAAGAGGGAGGCAGGAGACCUGGAGGAAGAACCGAACCAUUUGAUGAGCAGAGGAACAUCAACGAGAUACAGCAGGACACAGAAAAGAAGGAGUGAGGAGAAGAACAGCUCUCCUGCUCCUCACAGGGUGAAAGAAGAGCAAGUGAGGGUAAAGUCAGGGCUGCAAAGAAGAGAGCGAGGCAGGAGGACGGUGCAGUCACGCACACCGAGCGUGUGCAUUUCCACUCCUCAGCAGCAGAAGGUGACAGGAAGAGAGCUGUCAGGCUGUGCAGUGGAGGCUGUUGAGGUGAUGGACGGAGAUCAGAGUCCGGUGUCGCCCAUCCACCUCACCAUCAACAGACUGCUGGGCUGGGGGGAGCGCAUGCUGCUCGGGGUUCUGCUCGGGCCGCACAUCAAGGUGGGCCACGCCGCCCUGCCGUACAGGUGCUGAACACACACUCGGGUAGAAGAGCACUUGGAGAAACACACGGAGAUGAAAGACUUCACUGAGUUCUGUUAGCAAAGCAUCAGAGGCUGGAGAGGUGUGUGUGUGUGUGUGUGUGUGUGAGAGAGAGAUUCUUAUUCCACCAGCCUGCAUGUAGGUCUUGGUCAUAAAUCAUGAAAUUGUUGUGGAUUGUUGAGUUGCACUGAAUGUGUAAAUACGAGUGAGGACA